AUUAAAAAAAUAGAUGCAUGGGAUUCAAUAGCGAAAACACUAAAUGUGUAUGCGAAAGAGAUUGAAAGCAAGAUACAUACUCUUCGAUCGCAAUUCACUCGCGAGAGGAAGAAAUUUAAAUCUUCAAAAAAAACAGGAAGUGGCAGUGAAGAUCUUUUUAGCAGUAAAUGGUUUGCAUAUGAACCUUUGCUGUUUUUGAUAAAAGGUGAAACAACAACUGGAAAUAACGACACAAUGGAGAAUCAUGAGUCACUUCAUCGGUCGGACUUGGAAAACACUGCCGACCAAAAUGUGUUCACCCCUCCAGUACUACCAAAUGAAUGUACUCCAAAGAGCGCUAAACAAACCAGGAGGGAUGACAAUGUGCUCUCAGUUGUGAUGGGAAUACUGAAAACAACAGCCACUAAAUUGGACAAUUCGAUAGGUAUUCCUGAUACAACGAAAAGUUUCGCUUCCUUUAUAGGGGCUAAAAUGACUAGUUACUCUCCACAAACUAGGACUUUGGAGGAACAUGCAAUUUUUGAAAUAAUUACGAAAGCUGACAGGGGAUAUUACGAAUCGUGGCGUCAUCAAAAUAACCAUGCAUAUGGUUCAAACCAAGAUGAUUAUUUAUCCAGGGCAAGACAGAACUCGGGACCCUAUGGCUAUACUACGGCAAGAAAUGAAGAUACUACUGACUAUCCAACCAUCCAGCCGCCCUUGUCGGUCUCUUCACAAGAGUCUUACACGUCUUCUAUGGAUGACUUUAAUGAUUUAAUGUGA